UUUUGGGGGACUGCAAAUGUGGAGUACGUGUGAUCGAAUACAAUAUUGUUGACAACACCAAAAAGCUACCCUUAUACUGGAGCUGCGAGCGUGGAGUGGCACUUUAUGACAUUGCGUAAUCACUGCCAGAAAGCAGGUCGAGUACAUCCGCCGGAUGUACCGGGCGGCUCCAGAAUCUUACAUAGCGGAGUUAUUUCCCCACAGACCCCCGAUGGCAAUAGCGGAGACGCAAAUCGGCAUUUUAAAAGUCAUUGUAGCGGCACCAUUUUUUUCAAGCUCCAAAAGUUUCAUAGUGGGGCUUUAACAGUUUAAUAUGAGAUUCAUAAGAUGUAUAAAUGUAUGUUACUAUUUUCCACAGACGUCCAGCAGCUGUUGGUGGUUAAAGAAGAGGUUCUUUCUGAGCACCAGGUCUGGAUCUCCAGUCUGGACCAGGUCCAUCCAGAGCCCCCGCUAGUUAAAGAGGAACAAGAGAACUUGGAGCCCCCCCACAUUAAAGAGGAACAGGAGGAACUCUUGACCACUCAGGAGGGAGAGCAGCUUCAAGGGCUGGAGGAGGCUGGUCUCAUGUUCUCAUUAACUCCUGUGAAGAGUGAAGCUGAAGAGGAAGGUCAGUCCUCUCAGCUUCAUCAAAGACAAACUGAACAGAUGAAAAUAGAAGCUGAUGGAGAUGAUUGUGGAGGACCAGAACCAGCCAGGAACGCAGAUCCAGAUAGACCUCCGGAUCCUGACGAAAAAACUGGAGACUCUUCAGAACCAGAUACUGAUGACUCUGUUGAUUGGAAGAAGACCAGAGAACCUCAAUCAGGCUUAAACUCUCUGAAUAAUGAUGAAGUUUAUGUCGGUGAUUCAAAAUGUAGUUCUAGUGAGAAACCAUUAAGCUGCUCUAAAUGUGGGAAAAGAUUUCACCUCAAAGGAGAUUUUGAGAAACACAUGUUAACUCACACAGGAGAGAAACCUUUCAGCUGCUCACUCUGUGAAACAUCUUUUACACGGAGGAGAACUUUGAGAAGUCACAUGUUAACUCACACAGGAGAGAAACCGUUCAGCUGCUCACUCUGUGAAACAUCUUUUACACGGAGGAGAACUUUGAGAAGUCACAUGUUAACUCACACAGGAGAGAAACCGUUCAGCUGCUCAGUCUGUAAAAGAUCUUUUACACAGAGAGGAAGUUUAAAGAGACACAUGUUAACUCACACAGGAGCGAAACCAUUCAGCUGCUCACUCUGUAAAACAUCUUUUACACGGAGGAGAACUUUGAGCAGUCACAUGUUAACUCACACAGGAGAGAAACCUUUCAGCUGCUCACUCUGUGAAACAUCUUUUACAGAGAGAGGAACUUUGAAGAGUCACAUGUUAACUCACACAGGAGAGAAACCUUUCAGCUGCUCACUCUGUGAAACAUCUUUUUCACGGAGGAGAACUUUGAGGAGUCACAUGUUAACUCACACAGGAGAGAAACCGUUCAGCUGCUCAGUCUGUAAAAGAUCUUUUACACAGGGAGGAAGUUUAAAGAGACACAUGUUAACUCACACAGGAGAGAAACCUUUCAGCUGCUCAGUCUGUCAAAGAUCUUUUACAGAGAGAGGAACUUUGAAGAGUCACAUGUUAACUCACACAGGAGAGAAACUGUUCAGCUGCUCACUCUGUAAAACAUCUUUUACACGGAGGAGAACUUUGAGGAGUCACAUGUUAACUCACACAGGAGAGAAACCGUUCAGCUGCUCAGUCUGUAAAACAUCUUUUACAGAGAGAGGACCUUUGAAGAGUCACAUGUUAACUCACGCAGGAGAGAAACUUUUCAGCUGCUCAGCCUGUCAAAGAUCUUUUACAGAGAGAGGAACUUUGAAGAGACACAUGUUAACUCACACAGGAGAGAAACCGUUCAGCUGCUCGGUCUGUAAAACAUCUUUUGCACGGAGCAGUCAUUUAAAGAGUCACAUGUUAACUCACACAGGAGAGAAACUUUCAGCUGUUCAGUCUGUAAAACAUCUUUUACAGAGAAGGGUCAUUUAAAGAGUCACAUGUUAACUCACACAGGAGAGAAACCUUUCAGCUGCUCAGUCUGUAAAACAUCUUUUGCAUGGAGUGGUCAUUUAAAGAGACACAUGUUAACUCACACAAGAGAGAACUCAUUUUAGUUGGUCUGGUUUUGGUAAAGUUCACAUUUAUUCCACUCCCUCACUUAUCAACAAGACCUUGAGAAACUAGACCUCCCUCGUUUGGGGCAGUGACUCACUUCCAACCGGGAGGACUCUAUCCACUUAGGGCUCGAACACACCCGACGCGACUCUAAAAAGCGCAGCCGCACCAAAAAACGCCUUGUCAAAAACCUGCCGGGCAAAACAGCGCAGUGCGCCUGUGGAGCGGACCUGCAUGCGUAACCAACCAUUGAUUUUGGGUUCAAUAUAUUUAAGAAAAAAGAAAGGAAAGAGUACGGCAAACACCACCAUCUAUUCCAUGAGUUGUGUCUCGAUGGCGAAGCUUUCAGUUGCACUUCCGACCGAGCAGAAGUUAGUUUGAGUCGUGUUUAGAUUUAGAAUUAUAAAGAUCUUCGUAAUUAAAUACCGCUAAUAUAAUAUAUAAUUUGAGGUUCUCCUCGGGAAAACAUGAAGGAAAGCCUCCUGCUUGAUUUGAUUGGCUGUAUUGGCCGAGUGUGACAUUGAUGAGCUGUGCGCCUCCGCGCCUCGUGCUUAAAGUUGAGAAUAUUUCAACUUUUAAGCGCGCCUGAAAAACACAAGAAACCCGCGCCGUACCAUAGGUCAAUGGUUUUGCGGGCGAUGCGUUUUUGAGAGGUGCGUCUGGUGUGUUCGAGCCCUAACCACUACGAAGCCAUCUCCACUAAGAGAAUAUUAUCUAAGCAGAGAAGUCACCGUGUUUGUUUUGUUUAGCUUUACCUGCCCUGUUAGUUGUCAUCGGGUAUUUUAUGAACCCCUGAGUCUUCCUGUUGUGCUUGUAGCUGCUGUCAUAGCGAUCCAGUCUGCUGAGCUUUGUUGAGUUGAGAUCCUCCACCAAGAAUAUGUCAGCAGACUGUAUUUCAUCAGUUAUCGGUCCAGUGACGCGGCUUUUGUGUGAUACAAUUACAGUUACUGUACAUUACUGCUGUGGUGAGGAUCUGCCUUGUUUAGAGUGCUUUCUUAUUCUGUUUCUUCUUUUCUAACUAACUGACCCACACACCAUUAUUGCUUGUGGGCGGAGUCUCAACAGCGCCAUGGCAUCAGACCCAGCCAGGUCCAAUGAACCCUAUGAGACGUGAAGUCACAAAGACUCCGGGGAGGAAGCAGAGUUAAUCAUGUGUGAUAGAGAGAUGAAAAUGCAUUCAUAAGGAGAGAGAAAAGAGGAGAGAGGUGCUCCGUGUAUCCUAAGCAUCCAUAAGGAGAGAGGAGAGAGGUGCUCAGUGUAUCCUAAGCGUCCCCCAGCAGCCUAUCAGCCUAUAGCGGCAUCUCUAGGUCCGGACCAGGUGAACCUGGUUUAGGUAUAACUAUCAGACCAUCAAGAGGAAAGUCUUCAGUCUACAUGAGGGCAGGGUUUUUCCUGCAUAGAGAUUUUUUUUUACUUAUACAGGCCGCAUAUCAUUAUAUAAAAUGAAGUGGUAACAUCAAGUGUGAAGUCAUAUGUGUCAUUGGAACUGGUGGCUAUUAGCUAGCUGUUGCUAUUUUAGGUUGACGUGUGACGACAAAUUUAUCCUUAUCUGGUCAAAUUUCGUAUGUCAUUUUUAGCUGAACUCGUGAAUAUCAUCAUACCAGAACUUUUCUUUAGGCUCUUUUGUUCUCUGCGCAGACAAGGAGCAGCGUGAGAGUCACUCUGAGUCUGUAAGGAUGCACUGAAGCUAUAAUUCACAAGGCAAACAUACAGAGAGAGGAAAGGUGGGGUUGCAAAGGGACAUGCGGUCUCAGACUGGAGCAAACAACGGGACUGGGUGACACUGGGAGUCAAAACAUCCAGAGGCCUGAAAGCACUCCGAUGUUCUGGCAGCCCCAACAUAGUCUUAUGCAGUCAUAAUUAUUGAUGAAGUGUAUGCCCUCCAUCCCCCCUCCCUUUCUUGCUUCUUCCUCCUUCCCACGGCAUCCAUGGGAGCAGUGUUCUGUCUGCUUUCCCAGUUGGUGUUCUACCUACGAGGUGAUAGAGAGAAAAACAACAAAGCACUCUGCCAUACCAUAAUAAAAUCUGUUAUUGUCCCUCGCAAGAUGAACUGAGCUCUGCUCGGAGUUCAGUAACACAGUUCCAUUUAGAAGAAAGAUUAAUGAUACAUUUUCCACCACACUGUACUACACCCUAGAGGUAAAUAUUGGAUAUGUUACUCUACUACACCUCAGAGGUACAUAGUAGUUUUUACUGUACUACUUCUCAGAGGUACAUUUUACUUAUUGAUUUAGUUUUCUUGCUCAGAUCUUCUGCUCUCCAGCUUCAGGCUGCGUUUGCUUCACUGGAACGUCCCUGAUGGGAGGACUGGUUCCUCCUCUUCUGCAGUCCAAGGCUUUAUUAUAUUGUUCUUCAUGAAUAAAAGUACUAUUAAUGACAGCGCCAGCUUUUUAUUUAGAGGUCAUGCUUCUCUCAUUCACAACUAAUUCACUGCUUUCUCAUUGAUAAACCUCUUGAAUAAUAAAGAGUUUAAUAUGAGAUUCAUAAGACGUAUUAAUGCAUUUUAUUAUUCUCCAGAGGACCGAGAGCCCCCCACAUUAAAGAGGAACCGACAUUGUGUUCCAUAACUGAAGAAUGACUAAAUUGAGGAAAUAAUUGUGGUUAAUUGUCUCCUUCCUCCUUUCUUCUUCAACAUCAUCCUCUACUGAUCUCUCUUUGAGAUUUAGGGAAUCCUUUGUUUUAAGACGUGAAUAGUUGACCUUUUGCGAACGUUCUCCCUUUGAUUCACUAGUAUUGUCACAGCUGUUCAAGUCAUCUGUUGUUGUUUUCUUGGUGGCUCACAAACAUUUGGAAAGUUCAGCCACUGUUUCCACCAAAAUGACUUCAGUUCAAUGUUGUUCUUCCAUAUUUGUCCCAGUAUGUAACCAAGCUGCAGCUGCUGCUUUUUCUUUUCAAACUAAAUAUGUGUGUUCAUGAUUAAUGUUUAAAUGGUUGCUUAAGAAAGUUACAUUUAUAAUUUCCAUGUGAAAUGAAUGUUCUUCAUUUAUGAAAUGUAUUUUUCACUGGUAUGAUUUCCACUCUGUUACAUCCAGAUUAUGAUAAUUAAAUGAAAUCAACAAAUA